GAGAAAUUCUUCCCUAUAAAUAAACCAAGAAAUGCCGCUUCGGCUUCCCUGCGCCUAGCCCUAUACUUCGGUUUUUUGUUUUUGUAUUUGUAGCUAUGGAGUUUUAUACAUUUUCUUAGUGUUUUAAUUAAUAUAAUGUUCUAAUAUUUUACCAAAAAAAAUUAAAAAUUGAUCUAUUCUGGGGUUAGGAGGUGUGGAUCCGCGUCGAUCAUAAUUAUAACUAGGGUUUCCCACCUGUGUUCAUUGCCGCCAAUAUAUAGACAUAUUUGUCUAUACAUACAGCUUUGAUGUAUAUCUGAUCUGUAGAAAUAGAAAUUUCUUGUUCUGUACUAUUUCAUACUUCAAAAAGAAUUGAUCUGAAAAAUCAGACAACUGCCCGUAUUUUAGGUGUCAAGUGUCAUUUAUUUUUGGGUGCUUGAUUUUGGGGAUCGGCGAUCAGGGUUCUUUGAUUCUUGAUUUUGAUAAUUUUUGCGUUCAUUGUAUAAAAAGUAAUUGCCUUUUUUUAUUAGUCUGGGUUUGGAAAUUUUUUUAUUAGUCUAGGUUUGGAAACGGUGAGGAAUGGAUAAGAAGAAGGUUGUUGUGCCGCUAGUUUGCCAUGGGCAUUCUCGGCCGGUUGUUGAUUUGUUCUACAGCCCGAUCACUCCUGAUGGAUUUUUCCUUGUCAGUGCUAGCAAAGGAUCGAUUUUUCAGGAUACCCACCUGCUGCUAACUGGAGGCGUUGAAAAAGUUCUUCGCAUAUACGAUUUAAAUCGAUUGGAUGCUCCUCCCAGGGAAGUUGAAAAUUCUCCUGGUUCAGUUAGAACUCUUUCUUGGCUCCAUAGUGACCAAACUAUCUUAAGUACCUGUACUGAUAUCGGCGGGGUGAGGUUGUGGGAUGUGAGAACUGGCAAAAUCUCUCGAACUCUUGAGACCAAGUCUUCUGUAACCAGCGCUGAAGUGAGUCAAGAUGGUCGCUAUAUAACAACCGCUGAUGGGUCAACUGUCAAAUUUUGGGAUGCAAAUCACUUUGGACUGGUAAAAAGCUAUAAUAUGCCAUGCAUUGUGGAAUCAGCUUCAUUGGAACCGAAGUACGGUAACAAGUUCAUUGCUGGAGGAGAAGACAUGUGGGUCCGUGUUUUUGAUUUUCACACAGGAGCAGAAAUUGGAUGCAACAAAGGUCACCACGGUCCAGUGCACUGUGUUCGAUUUUCCCCUGGAGGUGAAUCCUAUGCUUCAGGAUCUGAAGACGGGACUAUCAGAAUAUGGCAAACCGGUCCUUUGACUCAUGAUGAACAGGACAGUUCUUCUAAUGGACCUAUUCAGAACAUGAAGGAUGCAGCUGAUGAGGUUACUGAGCAGAUCGAGAGUGUUCAUAUUGCAGAAGAGAAAAACGACGGAAAUGAAUAGGAAUAUUUUAUUUUGUGUCUGUUAUAGUCGUGACUGACUGCAGGUUGUACAAAUGGCGUAAUUUUCAGGGGUCAUCUUGGUUCUAAGGCGUAUUUGAAUAAGAUAAGAUUUCAUCUCUUGCUUUACUCUUAUUCUACCUGCGGCAUAUGAUUCAGCAUCUGUGUUAAGGUUUCUCGGAUUGUAUUAUUCCUUUUUCCGUCUAAUAAGGAAUGGCUAUAGUCUCUUGA